UUGUUGCAUAAACCCGUACCAAAACCGGCAAUGGGUGGUUACCUUUACAAUACAACUGUGCAUUUGUUUAUAAUUACUGCACGUGCAUGAACAGCUGGUAUUAUUUGUUUUUAAUUGAAAAUACUGCUUAUAGUUGGAAAUUCUAUAUUAAAAUAAUAAAAGCAUAAUGACCAAGAUUAGGAAGGGCAAAUUAAAACAGAAGCAUGCUGCUCCUGCUAAUUUAACGCGCAAAGAAUUACGCAAGCAAAAAUCUCAACAGAAGAAAGAGAACAAGCGCCUAUUUUUCUCUAGCAAAACUGAGGGAAAAAAUAUGGUGGCCCAAGCUAGAAAGGAAAAGGAUAUUAAACUCAAGACUAGUAUUAAGAAGAAAAAUAAGAAGACUAAAGUUGCAAUAGAUCCAAAGGAUAUGCCUUUGGAACAGCUAUUAUCUGGUGAGGUUGAUUCUGAUAACAAUGAAUCGCUUGCGUCUGAUUUUUCCGACGUAGAAGUGGAUGCUUUAUUGCCGGCUACCUUGAAAGUGAAAAAGGUAGCUGUUCAAAACAAGCCUAGCCCAGCCAUCAAAAAAGCCAAGUCACAAACCUCAAAUCGACCCAACGUCGAGGAACAGCAUCGGCGCGAACUACUUCGACAAAAGGAUCUUGAAAAUGCUUCACGCAAGCAGCGUGUCAAACAACUAAAGCUCGAAAAUGAAGAAGAAGAUAAGAUUAUUGCCAAGUUGGAGAAAAAACUGGGUUUGAAUAAAACCAAAAAUAAAAAUCGCAUGGCUAGGAAAAUGUUCAAUGAUGGUUUGGAUUUUGCUUUGGAGCUAUGCUUGGAUGAUGGUGAGGAGGAAGAGAAACAAUUGCUAAAGGAGAAGCGUAAACAAGAGCUGAAAGAGCAACAAAAGGAACCUUCGUGGAGUGACGAAGAACAAGAUGAAGAGAGGUUUAAUGCAAUUUUUGGCAGUGGCGGAGAGAGCGAAGCGGGUUCAGAGGAGGAAGAAGGAGGAGAGCUAGAACAGAGUGAGGAUGAUUUAAACGAUGAUGAUGGUGAAGACCAAGGAAGUGAAGGGAAAAAUGACUCAGAUAAUGGAGAUGAUGAUAAAGUAGAACAGGGCGAUGCCAGUAAAAAAGAUGAAGAGUAUAAGGAAGACAUUUACGGUCGGAAACGUGACAAGGAUGGUAAUAUAAUUAAGGAAAAUAACGAAGGUCCUCAAAAAUACAUACCACCCCAUCAGCGUGCCUUACUUGCAGCCAAAAACGACGACAGGCAAGCAGAAAUUCUUGAACGCCUUCGAAAACAAUGCAAAGGCCUAUUAAAUCGACUAUCCGAAGCCAAUCUUCAUAAAAUUUCUGCAGGCAUUGAGGAGUUAUAUAUGAAAAACUCACGAUUUAAUAUGAACGAAACCUUGAAUAAACUUCUGCAGGAGGUUUUGAUAAGCCAGGUUAUGAGCAACGAAAGAAUGGUGCAAGAACAUAUGGUGUUAUUGGCCUAUUUGCAUGCUCAUAUAGGCAGCGAAAUUGGAGCACAUUUUUUGCAAACGUUUAUAGAACUAUUCGAUGCGUUUCUUAAAGAUGUUGAACAACUACUGCAAGAAGAUAAACGUCUUAACAAUGUGGUAUUGUUACUGAGUUACAUGUACGUUUUCAAAAUUUUCGAACAUCGUUUGCUGCUGGAGAUAAUUGAUCGUUUAUCUAAUCAAUUAAAUGAGAAAACAAUUGAAUGCCUACUGCUGAUAUUUCAGUCGGUGGGUUUUAAAUUACGCAAAGAUGACCCAUUGGCCUUUAAACAGAUGAUGCUAAGCGUUCAAAGUAAAAUCGCUGCAGCGCCCUUGGAACUCAAGGAGAAUCUGAGACUUAAAUUUAUGGUGGACAUUUUAAAUGCGGUUAAAAACAAUAACAUAAAUAAAAUACCCAGAUUCGAUCCUGAACUGCAUGAAAAUCUAAGGAAAAAACUGAAGGCUAUGCUGAGAAAUGACAAAUAUGUGAUAACACUCAACAUAACUAUGGAGGAUCUCCUGAGAGCUGACACUGUUGGCAAGUGGUGGGUUGUUGGUUCAGCUUGGACUGGUAAUAUUAGUGAAAUGGCAGCAGCCCAAAAGAAACAACAAAACGGAGAAGCCGUUGUUAAGAGCGAACGCUUUUCUGAACAGUUAUUAAAGCUGGCCAAACAGCAUAAAAUGAACACCGAAGAGCGCCGCAAUAUAUUCUGCGUUAUAAUGAGCGCUGCGGAUUAUAUAGACGCGUUUGAAAAAAUUCUGCAUUUAGCGGUCAAAGAUUUACGUUCCAUUGCUUAUGUCAUCAUACAUUGUUGUCUCAAUGAAAAAGCUUCCAAUCCCUAUUAUGCCCAUUUGGCUCUCAAGUUUUGCAAUUAUAAUCGCAAAUAUCAACUGGCGUUUCAAUUUGCUUCGUGGGAUCGCAUCAAUGAAAUCGAUUCGCUUAACAAAAUACAAGUUCGCAAUUUGGCACGAUUUCUGCAGCACUUAAUUUUGAAUAACGGUUUGCAAUUGUCAGUUUUGAAAAUUAUUGAUUUCUUGCAAAUCGAUAAACAAAGUUUUGCACUGAUGAAAGAAAUCUGCAAGGGACUCUUAUUGGCAGCAGAAGAACAAGAUAUGUAUCAGGCAUUCGAGCGUCUGGCCAAGAAUAGCAAAUUACAACAGUUUAAACAGAGCAUACGCUUGUUUCUGCAACACUUUAUGCUUAAGGAACAGGGGACAACGCUGAAAUUAUCGGAUGACCAAAUGGAAUUGCUGCGGAGGCGAGUUGAAUAUGUAGAUAAACUUUUAGCUUAUGUAGAACUAUAAUUAAGGAAUAAAGUUAAGAAAAGCUGUGUACUUCACUUACCAAAUUUCUGCAAAA